GGUCAUGUUUUUUCUAGCAGCCGGCCUUGUAGUAAACAAAAAAAAUUAAAAUAACUUUUUUUUUCUUUUUCCUUUUGCCCUUCGUAUUAUCCGCUGGAGGAAUUUUCCAAGGUCGUGGCGUUUUUGAGAGAUCUGUGUGUUACAGGAUGGCGCAGGUUGACGAAAACCACCUUUACCGAGAUUUUUGCCUCAGGAAGAACUACCCCCUAGAACCGAGCGUAAAGCAAGCGUUGAAAAACGCGAGUGUCACUGGAGAUUUUGACGUGUCUGGUCAUCCACUGGGGAUAGAGACGUGUGAGGCAAUUGCUUAUGUCCUUGCAAAGUCUGACAACCUGGUGACACUUAACUUCACUGAUUGUAUGCUUAAUCCAACAUGCCUCAACAUUAUUUUUGAGGCACUCAUUAGCAGUAAAAAUAUCAAGGAGCUUAACUUGUACGGCAACAACAUCACAACACAUGUGACUGUCAGGCUGGGAAAACUCCUAGCCCACAACUCUAGUAUUAAAACGUUAAUAUUGAAAUGGAACAACAUGGGUGUGUCACUCGAUUCUUUUAGCACGUUUUGUAGUGGACUGAAAGAGAACCAAACCCUUGAAAAUCUUGACUUGCGAAACAACCAAAUCAGUCAACAGUCUGCAAAAGAGAUUGCAGAUGCCCUUCGAGUAAACACAAGCCUUAAACACUUAGACUUACGAUGGAACUCAAUUCAGAACGAAGGUGCUGAAGAACUUUUGAAAAGUCUAGAAGAAAAUCAAACUCUAAUGACACUACAGCUUAGGGGAAAUUUUGUCCAUCGGGAAAUUUUAAUAGCAAUAGAGGAGUGUUUAAAGAACCACGUGAGUGUUCUAAAGAUGAGUACUGAUCAUGUCGUCAAGACAGAAAUUCUCAUCAACCAUAUCAAAAGUCUUGAGGAGACAAAGACCAAGCAGCUGACCAAGAUAACCGAAGCUGCCAACAAGCACAUGAAGGAAGCGGAAAAAAGGCUUUCUGAGAUUAUGGAGGAGAACCGUACAAUGCAAAAACAGAUCGGCACCCUUGAAGAGCAGGUUUUUACUUACAAGACGAAGCACAAAAAUGAAAAGCAGCGUGCUGAGGCUCUUGAGGAAGCGAUAAAGGAAAGGGAAGCUUCUAUUAAAGAGCAAAUGACCAAUUACCAGAACACAAUUGAAAAACUUCAAAAGUCCCUUCAAAUGAAAGAGCUGGAACAACUCAAACAAGUCAAUACCACACAAGAAAAAAUUUCCAAUGAAAAAGAGGUCAUAAUAAAACUAGAAAAUGAUCUCGCCAUUGAAAAGCAGACUUGUAUGAAUUUAAGGUCAGAACUGGCACAGUUGAAGAGCCAGUAUGAUACAAAAACAAAGCAUUUAGAAGAAAAUUAUGAAAUGGAUAAGAAAAUUUGGCAAAAGAAAUAUCAAGAACUAGAAGCAGCAACUGAGAGCAAGAUAGAGAAAAUCAGGACUCUAUCUUCAGAGAAGCAACAGAGUCUAGAAAAUACAAUUAUGGAGCUAACAGAAAGACAAUCAAACAAAGUUCUUUUAAUAAAUGAUAGAAUUGAGAGGAUGAAGCAGGAAAAGCGUAUGAUUGAGGAACAGCUGCAGUCGGCUCAAGGAACAGUCGUCCAGCUGCAGAGGGAGAACUCUUCUCUUAUUUCACAAGUCGCUGAACCUGCCAGAAAACUAACUUCUCUCCUCGAGGAGUUGUCAAAUGAAAAAAUGCAAAAUCAGCAGCUUAAACAUGAAAAAAUGGAAGAGAGGAAAAGCAGGGAAAUCCUUCAAAAUGAGUAUGAAACGUCUAAGAAGGAAAUAAUGUCACUUAAGAGCAUGUACAACAACCAAGAGAUGCAUUUCGAACAAGAGAUCAAGGACAUGCGGCACCGCUGCAAGCACCUUGAGGCCAAGCUUGAAGAACGAGAGAGAAAGAUUGCCAACAUCAGAAAUCUUAUAAAGAAAUCGAUACCGCCGGGUGGUGCGGCGUUCAAAAAAAAGUCCAUGGUUCGCCUCGGCAGAGUGAGAUAGAGCAAAGUCUGGACAAAAAGGCGGAUAAUACGAAAAUAAAUUUUCUGUAUUGUUUAGUUCAACAA